GCUAAUCUGAAGGCCACACAUCAUAUGCCGAAGGUCGUCGGUAUGUAACAAUAAUGAAAAUAGUUACAUGUGACGUUACUAACGUGAGUCUGUCUUACUUAAUGCAGGGAAGCAAAUAGUAAUUGUAUUGGAAGGAGCCCUACGUAGUAUGAGACUGCAGAGCUGUGGAUAAAACUGUUUUGUAACAACAAAACUACAAUGAAGUAUCUGUGAGGAAAUGACAAGUCCAGAGUGGAUUAUGUCGAAUCAGGUAAAAUGCCCCAAGCAAUCAACAAAAAAGAAAUAAUAGGGAUCUUUCGUUAAAAAUUGAGGGAAAACAGUGAGGCAAAGCGCCGAAACGUCUUCUUUUUCAUCGGCUCCUCCUUUUCCCGUGUAUACACGGAUUGGUUUUUAAGUUAUGGCUUGAUGAUGAUUUUCAGUGAAUACAAUAACAUAGUUAUGAUAAGUCUGGUAUGGUUUAUAUAUAAUCAUGUACAGCGACAAAAGUAGGGGAAAUAAAGAGAAUACUCUGUUAGAAACUAAGGGGUAAACAAUGGGGUAAUGCGCUAAGACGUCUACUUUUCCAUCGUCUCGUUAGAUUUGUCUUUAGGUUAUGGCUUGAUGGUGAUUUCCAGUAAAUGCCAUUUAUGCUUUUUCAUCACUGAUAUUGUCGCUAACUCAGCUUUUCCAGUGCCGACUCAUCUCACUUAUCUACUGAAUUACCUGGUCUGAAUAUUCAACUAGAGGUACGUAACCAAUUUAUGACCUCUACUCAGGUUAAUAUUUUAAAGCGCUUACAAAUUUUGAUUGGAAUAUUUAGUGAAAGGCAGGUUUCCUAUUUCAUGAGAUUUAAAGUGUGACUUCAUGUCGUUGUGGUUAACCAGUCAGCGUCUGUUGAUAUAUGUACGUCGUGUAUGGAGCGAUAAGACAAUGUAAUUUAGUCAUAAGCUUUAGUAAAAGAAUAUUUAAAUUGUUUAUAAGUUUGAGAUUCAUUACACAUAUACGGUAUUGUGAUGUUUUAAAAAUGAGUUGGUUGUGAAGAAUUUCUUCACUGAAUCACGUCUUUCUUGUGACCUAACCUGUGUGUUUAAAUUAAUACUGAGUCUACCGUAAAAUGUCACGUAUCUGCAUAGGACCAGUCCCAAUUUUUUACAGUCACUUAUCAACGACCGAUUAUAGUGAUGAUUUGUAGAAUGAGAAGGGAUUUUGUCUCGAUAUUUGAUAUAGAAUGGUAAUCACAACAUAUGCCUGCAUAAUAGAUUGUAGAUCACCAACAUAGAUGAUCUUUGUCGAAAUGAUUGGAGGCCUACUCGAGUUAGACGCGAAUGGUGUGAUAAAGUAGCUAACGUCGAAGUCACACCUCGUGGUCAGCACCUUACGUGGACUACCCCAUUGACGUAUCAAGGUACCAUAGAUGCUUUGAAGACUGUACAACACAGAGGACGUUAUUACAGAAAUAUAUUAGUUAAGGUAGAUACAAGCCAAAGUAAGACCACUACCGCAUGGGCCAGUCCAUGGCGUAUGAUUAAACUAAUGCGCGUUGCUUGUACAUGACCUUGGCAGGGAGCGAUGAUCUGUUCGACAUUCAGUGGUACAACUGCCGGAUGAUUUGGCUAGGGCUCAGUGACAUUUCACUGGCCCUACAAGAUGAAAUUCUCAUGCUAUAUUUGGUACUCAAAUGAUAAAGAACAUAACAGUUCUCCAUGUACAUGUGUUCUUCCUUUGAGGAAUAAUGUAGUGAUGAAUAUUAGAAAGUAAUUCACUAAAUGAAGAUUCACAACACUUAUUUCAACCGAAUUGUUGUUUGGACCAGUAAUUAAUAUAGUUUAGGUAGUCACCAUUCUUCGUUAUCUUGUAAUAAAUCAUUAGAAAAUUUUCCAAACCUAAUCAAUCUAAAUACAGGAAUAUACACAUCAUUAUAGUCUCGAUUUCGAACUUCUUUUGUAGAACAUGGUUGAGAAGACUGAGGAUUUGGAUAAUUUGGCUAAUGAUUUGGAGCACAUUCUGUCUGAUAGUUUGCGACAUGUAGAUGGCGAUUUCAAUUAUGAGUUGUCUUUCACUGCUUUAUCUGAUCUCGAUACUCGAUUCAUGCUAAUGCUCGACAAGAGUAUGAUGCCUCAGUCCAACACAGACCAUUUCAGACCUGUUAAGAAUGCCUGGGUGAAGUUUGCCGCAAUGGCCUCUGCAUACGUCUACAAAAAUGUUGGUGAGUCGGUUUCCAAACCCCUUCGAAAAUGGCUGGCGAAUGCUGCCAGUGCUGCGAUUCUCGCUGGACUACUUGCAGAAGUGCCCGAAUCGUCGGAUUCAAAUGAACGAUCUGCUUCUGAUGGAGAAACACCUGUCGAAAAUAUCUCCACACCUGACAGAGUAGUGGAGAAUCGUCAAGAUGGUGCCUGGUACUAUGGCCGAUGGACCGUUGACAAUGUUGCAAGCGGUUGUGAAAUGGUGGAUGUGAUCGAUGCUGAAAUGACAGAUGCAUGUAUUCGAGUGAUGAUUGCUGCUGUUGUUAAUUAUUUCCAGGAGAACAGAUUUGCUCCGUGUGGUUUGUUGAGAGACAGUUAUGCAUGUGCGAUACUGAGAAGUGAUCUAAUGGAUAGGUAUGGGUUGACAGACGAACAUGAUAAAAUCGAAGCGAUGCGUAUUACUGGUAGUUGGGUCUCGAAACUGUAUGUGUUUCACAUGGCGACGAAGCAUCGUGAUUUGGAACACCCAAUCAGACCUAUAAAUAAUGUUGGUUUGGUACGUCCUCUGAAACUAGAUAUCAGUCAGUAUUUCGAGGACUUGACAGCUAGAUUUAUCCGUACACGAAUCGCACAUCAGAUUGCCAGUCGGAUGGUGCGAUCUGUGUGUAUAGUGUUUUUCGAAGAUUUGAGAGAAUUGAUUGAGUUGCGGAAGCUGUACCGUCAAAUAUCCGGUGAUCCAUUUUAUUACCACACUGACUGUGAAUAUUUGACGAAUUCAUCUCGACCGUCAGUCAGUGACAAGAUGAGUAGUAUAUUUGGUCGAUUGGUCACCUAUUUGAGUGUUUUUGAGCCGAAUAGUGAACUGUUUGAUUAUCCCCAGUUGAAGAUGAAUGGUAGAACUCAAGAACAACACUAUGUUGAUUACAGUGAGAACUGGAAGAAGGUACUGAAGACGAUUUAUGCAGACUUGUGUAUGUCGAAGCAAAAUAUAGGGUUCGGCGAAAUGAAAGACUUUUGAGAGAAUGUUGGAAUGAAUAUGGUAUCGAGUCAGAUAAAUCGAAUUAUCUUUUUCGAUAUUCACGGAUUGAUUAGAAAUUAUGUUUACUCAUUAACAACUCGAGAUUAAAACUUUGUUAUUAACAAAGUGCAAUAUUUUUCUUUUCAUUCAUAAAAUCUAUUUAUUUCACUAGUGAUGUUGCUUUAUGUCUUCACUUUGAUUUUGUUAACAUAUAGGUAAUUG